UUGGGUCCCGGCCACCCGGGCCAGCAGAGUCCCCGCCGCACAACCUGGUGCAGCGGCGCGUCGGACCUCGCCUGUUCGGGAUGGCCAGCUACCUGCGAACCGUGCACUCGCUCUGCAGAGCUCCAGGCUCGGCGCGGGCCUGGGCACCGGCCGCCCUGACUGUCCCCAACUGGCCGGAGCAGCCACGGCGCCACUAUGCUGACAAGAGGAUCAAGGUGGAGAAGCCCGUGGUGGAGAUGGAUGGCGAUGAGAUGACCCGUAUCAUCUGGCAGUUUAUCAAGGAGAAGCUUAUCCUGCCUCACGUGGACGUCCAGCUCAAGUACUUUGACCUUGGGCUUCCAAACCGUGACCAGACCAAUGACCAGGUCACCAUUGACUCUGCGCUGGCCACCCAGAAGUACAGUGUGGCUGUCAAGUGUGCCACGAUCACUCCCGACGAGGCUCGUGUGGAAGAGUUCAAGCUGAAGAAAAUGUGGAAAAGCCCUAAUGGAACCAUCCGGAACAUCCUUGGGGGAACCGUCUUCAGAGAGCCGAUCAUCUGCAAAAACAUCCCUCGCCUAGUCCCUGGCUGGACCAAGCCCAUCACCAUAGGCAGGCAUGCUCAUGGCGACCAGUACAAGGCCACAGACUUUGUGGUAGAUCGAGCUGGCACGUUCAAGAUGGUCUUCACCCCAAAGGACGGCAGCGCGGCCAAGGAGUGGGAGGUGUACAACUUCCCUGCCGGCGGCGUGGGCAUGGGCAUGUACAAUACCGACGAGUCCAUUUCGGGCUUUGCGCACAGCUGCUUCCAGUACUCUCUCCAGAAGAAGUGGCCGCUCUACUUGAGCACCAAGAACACCAUCCUGAAGGCCUAUGACGGGCGUUUCAAGGACAUCUUCCAGGAGAUCUUUGACAAGCACUAUAAGACUGACUUUGACAAGAAUAAGAUAUGGUACGAGCAUCGGCUCAUCGACGACAUGGUGGCCCAGGUGCUCAAGUCUUCAGGUGGCUUUGUGUGGGCUUGCAAGAACUAUGACGGAGAUGUACAGUCUGACAUCUUAGCGCAAGGCUUUGGCUCCCUCGGCCUGAUGACGUCUGUGCUCGUCUGCCCUGACGGGAAGACAAUCGAGGCUGAGGCUGCUCAUGGGACCGUCACCCGCCAUUACCGAGAGCACCAGAAGGGCCGACCUACCAGUACCAACCCUAUCGCCAGCAUCUUUGCCUGGACAAGGGGUCUAGAGCAUCGAGGGAAGCUGGAUGGGAACCAGGAUCUCAUCAGGUUCGCUCAGACGCUGGAGAAGGUGUGUGUGGAGACCGUGGAGAGUGGAGCCAUGACCAAGGACCUGGCUGGCUGCAUCCAUGGCCUCAGCAAUGUGAAGCUGAAUGAACAUUUCCUGAACACCACGGACUUCCUGGACACCAUUAAGGGCAACCUGGACCGAGCUCUGGGCAAGCAGUAGGGGCUGCCACUGCCCAGCUGCAGUGGGCGCUCCAUACAUGGUAGAGGGUGAGCCUCACGGCCCCUCUCUCUGGUGGCCUUUCUAGGGGACAUUUUCUUUUUUUAUGAUGGAGAUGUUUUUUAAAGUAUGUGAGCGUUUUUUUUUCCCUCACAGCGAACACGAGGCAGGAACGGUGUGCUUUUACCUCAGCCAGUCAGUGUGUUUUGCAUACUGUAAUUUAUAUUGCGCUGAAUCACAUGGUGCCAUAUUUAGCUACUAAAAAGCUCUUCGCCAAA